UUACUCGGACUCUCGCUAACUUCGGUGACUGCAGCUCUUCCCUGUUUCGGCUAAACUGGUGGCAAAGCUUAAACUCUUAUCAACUAUAACACCCACAGGCUCGUUUUAUUCGCAGCAGAACCUUAUAAACUUGUCUCGGUUGUGCUUUAAGGAUAAGUAGUUAACGGGCGGGUCGCACCGUCAGUCGGAGUAAACCUGAAAUCCGCCGAUGUUGACUCCGCUCAGCUGUAGCUGCUGUGGCUAACUUAGCCUGCUGGCUAGCAGCGACGUUUCUGACAGUUAUCGAGCUGACCGCGGUCUGGGUGUUAACUGAAGUCCUCAGCGCUUGUUAAGAUGGCUAAAAGAAAAAGAUGUACCUGAUGGAUGUGUUUGUUGUGUUUCGUGCUAGACGUCGCAGAUUUAAGUAACGUAACUCUAGUUAGCGAGCCAGCUUGGCUAACUAGUUAAACUGCUCUUGAUAUUCUCCCUCGAAUCGGUUAACUGGCUGUACCAGCAGGUAACCGGACCUAUACACACUCUAACUAACGUUUAAGUUGGGUAAAAGCAGCGUGUUAGCUUUUCAGCCUGUUUAUAGCUACCAGACAGCAAUGAGUUUCGGCAAAACCGAUGCCGACUAUCACUUUCACAUGAGCUUGUGAGCUCAAACGGGUAUUUUAAUGGGAGGCGGGCCGUACUGUAGUGAAUCUUGUGGGCGAUAUUUGCGAAAACGAAGGCGGCACCGGUGGCCCGAAUGGAGUCCCUGGCAGGGUACGUUCACAAAGCGGCCAGUGAAGGCAGAGUCCUGACACUGGCCGCCCUGUUGCUGAACCACUCUGUGACUGAGACACAGUACCUGCUGGAUUAUGUGACGCAACUGGCCGGUCAGCGCUCCACGCCUCUUAUCAUUGCUGCAAGGAACGGUCAUGACAAAGUGGUCCGCCUCCUUCUGGACCACUACCGAGUGGAUACUGAGCAGACGGGGACAGUUCGGUUUGACGGGUAUGUCAUCGAUGGAGCCACAGCUCUUUGGUGUGCAGCAGGUGCAGGACACUUUGAGGUGGUACGACUUCUCGUGUCACACAAUGCCAAUGUGAACCACACCACCCUCACCAACUCCACUCCUCUCAGGGCUGCCUGCUUCGAUGGCCGACUGGACAUUGUACGCUACCUGGUGGAGCAUAAUGCUGAUAUAAGCAUCGCCAACAAGUAUGACAACACCUGUUUAAUGAUCGCUGCUUAUAAGGGUCACACAGACGUUGUGCGCUUUUUGCUUGAGCAAAGCGCAGACCCUAACGCAAAGGCUCACUGUGGUGCCACCGCGCUGCACUUUGCUGCCGAGGCCGGUCAUCUGGACAUUGUGAAGGAGCUGGUGAGAUGCCAGGCAGCCAUGGUGGUGAACGGCCAUGGCAUGACUCCCCUCAAAGUGGCAGCGGAAAGCUGUAAGGCAGACGUGGUGGAGCUGCUUCUCUCUCACGCUGACUGUGACCCUCACAGCCGCAUUGAAGCUUUAGAGCUGCUGGGAGCUUCCUUUGCUAAUGACCGGGAAAAUUAUGACAUUUUAAAGACUUACCAUUAUCUGUAUCUGGCCAUGUUGGAGCGUUACCGUGACCCUGAGAGGAUUAUUGCCAAAGAGCUACCGCCACCUGUGGAGGCUUACGGGGGCCGUGUGGAGUGUAGGACUCCUCAGGAUCUGGAGGCCAUCAGGCAGGACCGGGACGCGUUGCACAUGGAAGGGCUAAUGGUUCGUGAGCGCAUAUUGGGUUCGGACAACAUUGACGUUUCGCAUCCCAUAAUUUAUCGUGGUGCCGUCUAUGCUGACAACAUGGAGUUUGAGCAGUGCAUUAAGCUAUGGCUGCAUGCAUUGCGUCUGCGUCAGCGAAGCAACCGCAAUACACAUAAGGACCUCUUGCGCUUCGCCCAGGUGUUCUCACAGAUGGUACACCUGAAGGAACCAGUACGGGCCUCAGAUGUGGAACAGGUGCUGCACUGUAGCGUGUUGGAGAUCCGACGCAGCAUGGCACGCGUGGAAGCAGCUUCUGAGGCCGAGCUUCCCGCCUGCACUGACAACUAUGAAUCCAACAUCUUCACUUUUCUCUACCUGGUGUGCAUCUCCACCAAGACUCAGUGCAGCGAGGAGGACCGAGCGCGGCUCAACAAGCAGAUCUAUGACCUGAUCCGUCUCGAUCCGCGCACCAGAGAGGGCUCCUCGCUGCUCCACUUGGCUGCCAGCUCUAGCACACCGGUGGAUGACUUCCACACCAACGACGUGUGCAGCUUCCCCAACGCGCAAGUGACCAAACUCCUGCUGGAUUGCGGUGCUUUGGUGAAUUGCGUAGACAAUGAAGGCAACAGCCCUCUGCACCUCAUAGUGCAGUACAACCGGCCCAUCAGUGACUUCCUCACCCUUCACGCCAUCAUAAUCAGUCUGGUGGAGGCUGGAGCUCACACGGACAUGACCAACAAGCAGAAGAAGACUCCACUGGAGAAGAGCACGACAGGUGUGUCCGAGAUCCUCUUGAAGACACAGAUGAAAAUGAGUUUAAAGUGCCUGGCUGCUCGUGCUGUCCGACAGCAUCGCAUCACCUACCGAGACCAGAUUCCUAAAAGCCUCGAGGAGUUUGUUGAGUUUCACUGAUCUGUAUGUUUUUAUCAUUGUUUUUUUUUUCAGUUUAAAAAAAAAAACUUUUCUUUUUUACCAAUCCAAUGGUGCUGGGAAUUCUUGAUCAAGAAUAUUUUUUGGUAAUUUUGAUCUUUUCCUUUGUUGAAAGUGCUAGUCAAAAGGACCUACAGUUGGAUUUUACACGCUCUCCUGAUGUACUGGUUUAUUCAGACUGAUAAAAAGUGUCUGUCAUGUACUGCUGCAGAUUAUUCAGCAAUGGCAAAGCUAUGGGCUGACACCUCAGUCAAAUUUUCCUGAUAUUUUUGUUCUUUUUCAUAUCAGAAAGUCUGCUUCCUUAUCAGUCACGUUCUAGGCUGGCAGUGGUUUUACAUGCUCUUCUACAAAGUAUUGGGGUAUCUUUUGUAACAUGCUCUGAAAUAACUCCUUGGUGGGGCCAUUGCUUAGGAGCUGAACAGACAUUGAACUUUUAUGUGGGCAUCAGUCCAUUUGCGAAUGACCAAAAAAACUUGACAGAACACCUGUUUGUUUUAUUGGCUGCACUUUGCUCUUAUGAGUUAUUUUUGUUUUAUUAACAUAUUUUAUAAAAGAAAAGAUUAUUUAAAAAUAAAGUGAAAAAUCUAUUUUCUAAGGAAUCAUUAGCAGAGGAUUGAUGUGCUAAAACUAAUCCUCCUAGAAAAAUUCCUUUUAUAAGUACACUAAAACGUGCCUGUGACAGGAUCUUUAAAGUUUUUUAUUUUGUUUUGUCUCUCAGAUUUUUCCUUUAACCACUAUGCCGCUAUAAAGUCAUUUAUUAAAUUUACAGUGAUUAUUUGCUUUAAGUAGAGUUUUUGGGGGCAUAAGCUCUGAGUGGGCUGCAGUCCCUCAAGGGGCCUUACUCUGGAGGGUGCUCCGAGGUUUUUACUUGAGUCUGAGAGAGAAAGAGCAUGUCUUCCCUCUUCAGUUGCGUAUGCUUGUUUGUGUGAGUGUGAUAUGAAGAAGGGGAUUUGAAAGACGACUUUGCUUCUUGUCCUUGAGAACCAGUGAUUGUAACGUGUCAGUGUAUUUUUAUUUCCAGAUUGAAUGAACCAACAAUAAACACAAAAUGAAAUGAU